GGAACUUUUCCGCCUGAAGGAACAGAACGGACUCACAAUUUAGUCUCUAUUCGCAGACCUUGUUUCUGUUCCUGAUAUUCUACCAUUCUUAACCUCCAGUGCUGUGGGCGAGGUCUUGUCCAGAAUGAAGAGCUUACGAAGAGAUUUCUCUUCGAACCCGCAAGCCGCAAAUGUCACAAGCAAAGUCUUCGUGAGAUCCACAAAGAGUGGAAAAGUGCAGAAGAUUGUUCGCGAGCUCUAUCUUAGACAAGAUAUUCCUUGCUCAUCAAGGCUCUGUUCCAUAUGCCCGUCAACGGCGCCGGUGGAUGCAAAUGGGAACAUUUCACCCUUUGUCCUUUCGGAACACCCCGCUGGCACGAAAUCCUUUCCUCGAGGUCACUAUAUUGUUCCUGAUACAAAUGCGUUGUUGAAUGGAAUGGACCUUUUCGAACACACCGGGGCGUUUUACGAUGUGAUCAUCCUUCAGACAGUCUUGGAAGAAUUGAAGAACCAGUCCCUACCUCUAUACAACCGCUUGUUGUCCCUAAUAAAGACCGAUGAGAAGCGCUUCUACCUUUUCUUCAACGAAUUUCGACUGGAAACGCACGUGCGACGGCAACCAGAGGAGUCCAUUAACGACAGGAAUGAUCGAGCAGUCCGUACUGUGGCAAAAUGGUACUCGGAUCACCUUCGUGCUGCUACAAAGAAAACAAAGAAGGAGAAUUCAGUUCCAGCAAUUGUUGUCAUUACUGAUGACAAAGAGAAUUUACGCAAGGCCAAAGAAGAGAAUGUAGAAGCUCUGUCAUUGUCCGACUAUGUUGAGGGCCUGGAGGACUCUGACAAAUUGCUUGACAUGAUCAGUGAAGCAAGGGAAGCUAGAGAUACAAAGGUGGCUCGUGGGGAAUUGUUUUACCCCGAAUAUUACUCAAUGUCGAAGCUCAUGACAGGAUUGAGGGCUGGUACUUUACAUCAGGGCGUAUUUAACAUUUCGCCAUACAACUACCUUGAAGGCACGGUUAACGUUCCGGCAUUUAAUAAGCCGCUUCUGAUUCUCGGACGCGAUAACAGCAACCGCGCUAUUGCUGGAGAUAUCGUCGUGAUAGAAGUAUUACCGAAGGACCAGUGGAAGUCCCCUUCUACGAAGCUUGUGGACGAGGAAGCACUGACUAGGAAUGACAACCCUGAUACAGAAGAGGGGGAGGCGGUUGUGACUGAAAGAGAGCGGAAAGCGCUCCAGGAAGAGGUCAGGAAGGCUCACGGUAAGAACGUCGAGGGAAAGCCCCAGCCGACAGCUAGAGUGGUUGGCGUUGUCAAACGAAAUUGGCGCCAAUACGUCGGUCAUGUCGAUUCGAACUCUACAGUGUCCGGGACCGGCACUGGCCGGCGUCAACAGAACGUAUUCGUGCUUCCUAUGGACAAGCGGAUUCCGAAGAUCAGAGUUCGGACAAGACAGGCCGCUGAUCUGUUGGGCCAGAGGAUUCUAGUCACAAUUGAUGCUUGGAGCCGAGAUUCUCGGUACCCAACAGGCCACUUUAUACGGGCCUUGGGUGAAUUGGAAACUAAAGGGGCAGAGACCGAAGCCUUGCUUCUAGAAUAUGACGUACAGUACAAACCAUUCCCCAAGGCCGUUCUAGACUGCCUGCCAUCAGAGGGUCAUGGAUGGAAGGUUCCUGCUAGCAAAGAGGACAUCGGUUGGAGAGGGCGAAGGGACUUGAGAGACAUUCUUAUAUGCAGCAUUGAUCCACCGGGAUGCCAGGAUAUCGAUGAUGCUCUCCACGCGCGGCCUCUCCCCAACGGAAAUUUUGAAGUCGGCGUUCAUAUUGCAGAUGUGUCGCACUUUGUCAAACCCAACAAUGCGAUGGACUUUGAGGCGAGUCUUCGUGGAACAACAGUCUACUUGGUGGACAAGCGUAUUGACAUGCUUCCAAUGCUACUUGGCACGGAUCUAUGCUCUCUUAAGCCGCAUGUGGAGCGCUAUGCGUUCUCUGUACUAUGGGAGUUGACACCUAAUGCGGAAGUCGUCUCGACAGACUUUACAAAAUCCGUGAUCUUCUCACGCGAAGCGUUCAGUUAUGAACAGGCACAAUUGCGCAUCGAUGAUGCAUCUAAGAACGAUGAUCUAACGCAAAGCAUGCGUACAUUGCUUCACUUGUCCAAAGUCCUCCGUCAGAAGCGAAUGGAUGCGGGAGCAUUGAAUCUUGCUUCACCCGAAGUCCGAAUCGAAAGUAGUGACGAAGUUGGCGAUCCGCUUUCAGAUGUUAAGACCAAAGCUAUGCUCGCCACUAACAGUUUGGUGGAGGAAUUCAUGCUUCUCGCCAACAUCACCGUUGCCUCGAAGAUCUACAGUGCCUUUCCCCAGACAGCCAUGCUACGAAGGCACGCUACUCCCCCCCAGAACUUCGAAGAACUCGCCAGGCAACUUUCUAAGAAGCGAGGGAUGGAACUCGAUGUUUCUAGCUCCAAGGCACUCGCUGACUCCCUUGACCACUGCGUCGACUCAAAGAAUCCUUUCUUCAACACUCUUGUCCGCAUUCUGGCCACUCGUUGCAUGACAUCUGCAGAAUAUUUUGCGGCUGGGGCUCAUGCAGAGUCAGAAUUUCGCCAUUACGGUUUGGCGUCUCCAAUUUAUACUCAUUUCACAUCUCCAAUCAGACGAUACGCCGACCUAGUCGUCCAUAGGCAACUUGCAUCGGCCAUCGGCUACGAGGGUGAAGACGGCCGCGCGGCGAUCGAAGGAGUUACGACGCGUCACAAACUCGAAGAAAUUUGCCGCAAUAUAAACUACAGACACCGGAAUGCGCAGUUCGCCGGCCGCGCCAGCAUCGAAUACUACGUCGGCCAGGCACUGAAAGCACGUGGGGAAAAGCUGGUAGUCGAAGGAGUCGACUCAGGCAUCGAUGAAGAGGGAUAUGUGAUGCGCGUCUUCGAGAACGGUGUGGUCGUUUUUGUGCCACGGUUUGGUAUCGAGGGUGUCGUUCGUCUCGAGGACUUUUUGCUGCCGGGCGAGACGGCUACAAAACGGUCCAUUGAGGAGGCAAGGGAGCUCGCUGCGCGACGAGAAACAGAGUAUGAUAAUGAGGAGUAUACUCUCCGUGUAUCUGAGAAAGGACAAUCCGCGAAGGAACGAAGUGUUUCUGUGGCGCUUUUCCAGAAGGUCAAGGUCAAUGUUAGUUCAGUGAAGGAGGAAGGACGGGGGGCUGGAAAGAGGAGAGUCCGGGUCCUCAUCACAGGGGUGGAGGCUUGAGUUCGUGACAGCGUGCAGCAUCCCAUGGAUAGAAUGAAGUAUUAAUGUGAGAGAUACCAAGAACCGGCGUCCGAAGAGGAAAUAGUUAACGUAAUCGGUAAGCGAACCGGCCACGUAAACGAACCGGCCACAUCUCCCAAAAAUAACUCUAUAUAUUGAUUUCAAAUCCCAAUUUCAAAUCCACAUACAAAAUGUAUACAAAAAUCUAACUAGCAUUACGAUUAGGACAUCUGUUAAUUCGAUGCCCAAUAACUCCACAACCACUACACUGAAAUUGGCGUCGUACAAUUGUUUGAGAGGCUGGGAGCUCCGGCUCGGCCGGAGCAGUAGUAACAGCUUGAGAUGCUUCAACCUGACCUUGUACGAGCGCUUGAGCUUCUUCUCUAGUAAUCCCUUGCUCAGUAGAUAUCUGUUUCUUAGAUCUUUGGCAUUUUUGCUUCUCUUUUUCAUUCGCAGCUCGAAAAUCAUGGCUUUCUUUCCGUACGAGUAACAGAUCAUUCAUUGUGAUUUCAUAGGCUUUUGACAUCCGCGUAAUUACUUGAUCAAUCACUUGAUUUGGAUUUCCUGUACAUUCACUUAUACGUCUCUUUAAUGUAGUUGACUGGCGUAGGAAUUGACGUAUAUUUUGAGGUGUCUGUAAACAGGAUGAUUGUGUAUUGCUGGAUUGACUUGGAGGGGGGGUUGGCGUUUUCAAUUGAAUAUUAAGUUGUUGAAUAACUCGAUCCGGAUUGAAAGGCACUAAUCCAGUGGCUGUGAAGCUAUUCCGGAUAGUUUGAGCUUUAUAGGCCAUCGUACGAGCCUGUGGAAAUGCUGUUAAAAAGUCAAUUUUGUCAAUAUGGUUGAAGCCAAGCCUCAUUCGCUGCUCAACAAGCUGCCCAUAAUGCCGUUUUAAAACAGCAAAACAGCCAACAUCAAGAGGCUGUACGAGAUGUGAAGAAUGAGCUGGCAUACAGACUGGAAUAAUACUAUUCUCAGUACAUGUACGGUCAAAUUCUGGUGUUAAAUGGCUUCCAUGGCCAUCAAGAAUCAACAUAGCAUAUGUUCCCAAUGUAUGAGCAUGAACAAGAGGAAUAAAAUGGGUUUUAAGCCAUUCUAAUCCUAUUUGAUCUGUAGUCCAGCCAUUUUCACUAAUAUUGAUUCUCCAAUCAUCUGGGAGCUCAUCAAACCAGCCUAAUCGUACAUUUUUUUUGGCUUUGAAGAUAAUGUACGAAGGCAGGGCCCAUCCAGUUGAAUUUGUUGCUUCAAUUGCAGUCACCCAUUCUCGAUUUCCAGGUUGUAAAAGCUUUGGCCGAGCGUAUCGAUCGCUUCCAGUAAUAACCUUUGCAGUUGCGCAGAGUCCCAUAGCAAAGCCAGUCUCAUCAAAAUUGUAGAUAUCUUCUGGUAGGAUUCCGUACGUAGAUAUAGUAGUCUGUACGCGGUCAAAAUAUUCUUGAAUAAUCUUCGGAUCUUCACAUUUCGCAUGUUCAUAAUUGUAUCUUCGUGAGAACUUUGAACUGAUCUCUGGGCGACGUUUAACAAGAUUAUAUACCCAUUUUUCUCCAACCCGUUGAUCUCCAGAUUGUGAGAGAAGAUA